AUGGCGGAUGACCAUGAAGUACAAUCUGGCACAGAAGAUGCAGUCCCCGUCGAAUCCCUCGUCGAGGGACGCGCGAAACGCAGCACAGCCGGACGGCUGAUGUCCUCCCUUCUUGACGCCGAAGCAGACGAUGACCUAGCCCUUUUGUUCGAGGAAAUAGAGGACGACAAUGAAUUUGACGCGGCGGCCGGUGAAGAAGGGGCGGAAGAGGACGAUAUGGGGAUGGAUUCUUCAUCGGAUGACGAUGACGACCAAGGGCCGAAUGCCCGGGCCGACGACUUCGAGGGCGAGAAGCAAAUCGAGAAGGAAGAGAAGGCCGAAAAGAAGAAGCGCCGGGCCCAGCAAGAUCUCCGGUUCAAGAUCACGAGCAAAAAAGUCAAGAUCGACCCCACCGCCGUCCCAGCCGCUCCUGCUCCUCCUCCUCGACCGAAAAAGAAAUCAGAGCGAAUCUCAUGGAUCCCUACGCCUGACGAGGGACCUACGCGAUCAUCUUCGCGUCGACAGACCAUGCAGAACAAGGAAAUCACGCAUGCACGUCUCAAGGAUAGUGAAGAGAAGCGGGUCCGGCUGAUUGCUACUAUGGAGGAGGCAGCCAAGCGAAAAGCACACCUCAAGCCGAAAGAGAUGACACAGGCAGAACGGCUUGCAGAGGCUGAAAGAGUGGAACGACACAACAGUAAAAGUCUCAAUCGGUGGGAAGAAGCGGAAAAGAGGAAGGCAGAAGAAAGGCGUGCUAAAAUUGAAGCGCUUCAGAACCGCCGUCUCGAAGGACCAGUCAUGUCUUACUGGAGUGGUGUUGCUACAUGGGUUAAUGGUCGCAUAACACGCCUUGGUAAGGUUGACGUCACUCCCAAGCCAGAGAAGGAAGAGCCUGCUCGCAGGAAGAGCAAGAAGUCGGAAAAAGAGGGUAAAAAUGUGACAGAGCAAAAACCUACUGAGGAUGCCACGUCGCAUACCGCCCCUCUCCCAACCUCGGAGUCUACUGCAAACCCUGCACCACCCGCCGAAGGGGAACCUGUGAAGCAGGAUGGAGAUGCGCCUCAAAGCCAACAAACGAGUAAUGAACCCGUGGAGGGAGUCGGCGAAAAUGCAAGUGCUGAUACUGCCAUGAAUCCCGCUCCUGCAGCCCCAUCAGCCGCGGCCAAUCAAUCUUCUAUUCCUGCUGCAGAUAAUGCACAGGUUCCAGACACGACCCAGGAAGCACAGGCGGGGAUAGAGAUUGCAACAGAACAGCCGAAGGAAACCGCUCUAGUUGAAGCAACGACUGAGACACCACCUAAGGAAGCAGAAAUGACAGAAUUCAAUGAGAAAAUGGAGGAAAUUCCGAAAGAACAAGAACAAGAAGUCCAAAACUCAUCGCAAUUGCCGACCGAGUCCACGACUAAUCCUGAUCAGCCAGCAAAGCCGGAGCUAGCGCCUGCAGAAGAAAAACCAGAUGAGGCAUCCAAAGAAGUGGUCUCUGAACCAGCUGCACCUGCUAACGCUGCCUCUGAGGACGCUACGGCGCCCAAGGUGGUUUCGCCUACUGCUCCGGAUACUAUUCCGACUGCUACUGCUACUGCUGCACAGCCUGACCAACAAGUAAAAACACCUGCUCCAGCACAGGAGGGACAGGAGUCGCCUACUAUACACGUCGAUCAGACAGCUACCGCGAAUGGGGAUAUGCCACAACCUGAAAUCCCUCAGCCCCCACCAGUCAUCGAACAGACGGGACGAAGCCUGACCGUGUUGGAGAACUUUGAUGAUAAAACUGCGCAGAGUCGGGAAUUUAGCAUCUACUUCAAUGCCAAGAAACCUCCUAGACUCACAAAGAUCUCGUCGUCACUCUGCGUCAUCACCUCCCUUCCAUCACGCUAUCGAGACCCGGAAACGUCUCUGCCUUUCGCCAACGCUUAUGCGUACAACGAGAUUCGACAUGCCGUGGCGCAAAAGUACGCCUGGAGCCCUAUGCUCGGAUGCUUUGUGGGACCUACCGGGGUCGCGGCGCGUGGAGUCCCGGAACGGUUUUUAGGAGGCCCGCAGGCCGCGUCUGAUAGUAGCAAGGAUGGUGAGCAAAAAGAGAACGGUGGCAAGAGUGAGCCUGCUGCUACCGAAAAGGAUAAGGAAGGUGGUGCAAACCCUUCCUGUGAUGUCCCCAGCACAUCCAAGCCGGCGCCUCCUGCAACACCAACACCUGUCACAGCGGAUGCAGGUGACCCAAUGGAAAUCGACUAA